AUGGCUCAAACCUCCGAGUGCCGAAAUUCCCACCUUUAUUACUACGGCAUCAAAUUUGCUCUGUCCACCUAUGCCACCCUCUUCUCGGUCCUCGGCCUCAUGAUCCUGUGCGUUGGGAUUUAUGCCGAAGUGGAGAGGCAGAAGCACAAAACCUUGGAAGGAAUCUUCCUGGCUCCGGCCAUCAUCCUCCUCCUGCUGGGUUUCACCAUGUUCGGCGUCUCCUUCGUCGGCAUGGUGGGGAGCCUCAGGGACAACCGGACUCUGCUGAAGACGUUCUUCUGGGUCCUUCUGGUGAUCUUCCUCACGGAGCUGCUGCUGAUAUUCAUCGAAAUCAUCUUUGAAAACAAGAUGAAUGCUGUUUUCCACUCCAACAUCCAAGAGGGCAUCAGACACUAUUACGAUGACCUCGACUUCAAGAACAUCUUGGAUUUUGUCCAAGAAAAGUUUUCUUGCUGCGGCGGCGAUGAAUACCGAGACUGGGAGGUUAACCAGUACCACUCCUGCAACGGCAGCGGGGCACUGGCGUGCGGAGUGCCCUAUACGUGCUGUAUCCGCAAGGUCCCUGGAGAAGUCGUUAACACCCUCUGUGGAUACAGGACGCUCAAUAAAGAGCGCCUGGAGCUGCUCAACGUCAUCCAUGUGCGAGGCUGCAUCCACGCCGUCGGGCUCUGGCUCAAAGACAACUUCGAGGCCACUUUGGUCAUCGUUUGCUCCCUGCUGCUUCCACAGGUGAUCGGCCUGGUGAUGGCUUGGCUCUACUGGCAGAAGCUCAACGAGAUCUACUCCAAGUUGGACGGCGUUGACUUCAGGAUCCUGGAGACGCGGGAUUUCAGCUUCGGGGCGGUGGAUCUGAGCGGCGCGGGCUGGUGCUGGUGCUUGCCCAAGGAAGGGGGCUACAUUCCCGUCAACGCUGAGGAGGAGGAGGAGGAAGAGGAGGAGGAGGAAGGCACCAUCUGCCACAGCAAAGUGUGA